UAGGUACUUGCUACUUGUUAGCAAAUGAAGUGGCAAGUUACAGUAUUGAAUCGUCUCGUGUACACAUUAGAUUACUUGCGCUUAGCACGAUGUAUAUUUUAUUGACUUCGUUCUUCUUAUUCCUCUCGACCGUGAUAUUAUACAUUUAUUAUCGUUUGAAGAAAACUCACGCUUUCUUCCAAGAAACGUCGAUUCCGACCAUCGACCCUCUUAACGCAUUUAUAAGCACGAAAAAUGCUCUAUGGUUGAAUAAACCAUUCGCGAAACAGUUAUCCGAGGCAUACCAGGCUUUCGCACCCCAUCCAAUUUUUGGUGUUUAUAACCUGUUUACUCGUUCGAUACUGAUUCGUGAUCCAGAACUACUUAAAAGAAUUCUAGUCAAAGAUUUCUCGUAUUUUCAAAACCAUGGAACACAUAUUUCCGAAGAAGUUGAACCAUUGGCUCGUCAUUUAUUCAACUUGGAAGGAGAAGAAUGGAAAAACCUACGGAUGAAAAUGACCGGGAUAUUUACAAGUGGAAAGAUGAAAAUGAUGUUUCCUUUGGUGAAAAAAUGUGCCGAAGAAAUGAAACCAGCUUUAAUGGAAUACGUUUCGAGUCCUGAUGGCUUCGAAGUCAAAGAUCUAUGCUCGAGAUACACUACAGACGUGAUAGGAAGUUGUGCAUUUGGCGUAGAUACAAAUUCAUUCACAAAUCCGCAUUCGGAAUUUCGAAAAAUGGGUGGUCGAGUCUUCGAAUUCAGGUGGAGACUUUUGGUACGAUUUCUGAUACCAAAAAUGCCAUCCUGGUGCAUCAAGUUUUUCGGAAUGGAAAUGUUCAGCAAAGACGUGAUGGAUUAUUUCAUGAAGAUCAUCAAAGAUAUGGUCAAGUACAGAGAAGAGAACAAUAUAACCAGGGAUGACUUUCUUGACCUGCUUAUCGCGAUGAAAAAUCACACAAAAACGGAAAAGACCACAGACGUAGACAAAUUUGACGUUCAAGUUGGUAACAAGCGUAUCAGAAACGGCGUAGAGAUGACAAUCGAGUUGAUGGCUGCUCAAUGUUUCCUGUUUUUCGUGGGAGGAUUCGAGGGUUCUUCUGUGGCUGUGUCAUUUCUACUAUUUGAGUUAGCUCAGCAACCAAAAAUUCAAGAUAAAGUACGAGAAGAAAUAAUUACGGCGAUUGAAAACAAUGGCGGAGAGAUAACGUACGAUAUGCUCAAAAAUUUACCAUAUCUAAACAUGGUUUUACAAGAAAUAAUGAGACUGCAUGCUCCAAAUGGAGGCGUCAUUGUGCGAAAAUGCAAUGAAAAUUAUAAAAUACCGGAAUCCGGCGCCGUAAUCAGAAAAGGAACGCAAAUUGUUAUACCAUUGACUGGAAUACACACUGAUAAGCAAUACUAUGAGAAGCCAGACGAGUUUUAUCCCGAACAUUUCACCAAAGAAGCCAUAUCCGAGAGGCCUCAUUUCGCUUAUUUGCCUUUUGGAGAAGGUCCUCGAGUCUGCAUAGCCGAACGAUUUGCAAACAUGCAAAUUUUAAUCGCGGCGAUAUAUUUAAUAAAAGAUUUCUAUUUCGAAGUAUCCCCCAAGACUAUUCUGCCUUUAGAAUUUUUGCCUUCGAUUGCUAUUCCGCCAGUUAAAGGAGGACUUUGGCUUAAAUGUAAGCCGCUGUAAAAAUCAUUACUUAUUCGUUUUUAAAUCGUAAAUUACUCGUAUGUCUGAAUUACGAUUAAAAAGGCUACCUUGCUUGUUAAUAUUCAAAAUGUGUUGUUUUGAAAUAAAAAUGUAUAAAUAAAA